AUGGGGAAGGACCAGGAGCUGCUGGAAGCUGCUCGCACCGGCAAUGUGGCUCUGGUGGAGAAACUCCUGUCUGGCAGGAAAGGAGGGAUCCUGGGCGGUGGAUCCGGACCCCUGCCCCUGUCUAACCUGCUAAGCAUCUGGCGAGGCCCCAACGUAAACUGCACAGACAGUUCGGGUUACACUGCUUUACACCACGCGGCCUUAAAUGGACAUAAGGAAAUAGUCCUCAAAUUACUUCAGUAUGAGGCAUCGACAAAUGUCGCGGACAACAAAGGCUACUUCCCCAUCCACCUGGCCGCCUGGAAGGGCGACGAGGAGAUCGUGAAGAUCCUCAUCCACCACGGGCCGUCGCGCUCCCGCGUCAACGAGCAGAACAAUGAAAACGAAACGGCCCUGCACUGUGCGGCUCAGUACGGACACUCGGAGGUCGUCGCUGUCCUCCUGGACGAGCUCACCGACCCCACCAUCAGGAACAGCAAGCUCGAAACGCCUUUGGACCUGGCGGCACUUUACGGGCGCCUGAGGGUGGUCAAGAUGAUCAUCAGCGCGCACCCCAACCUGAUGAGCUGCAACACUCGCAAGCACACGCCGCUGCACCUGGCCGCCCGCAACGGGCACAAGGCGGUCGUGCAGGUGCUGCUGGAAGCGGGCAUGGACGUGAGCUGUCAGACAGAAAAGGGGAGUGCACUUCAUGAAGCAGCUUUGUUUGGAAAGGUGGAUGUUGUGAGAGUUCUGUUAGAAACGGGAAUUGAUGCCAACAUAAAGGAUAGCUUAGGUAGAACUGUCUUAGACAUUCUGAAAGAACAUCCAUCUCAGAAAUCUCUCCAGAUUGCAACACUCUUACAAGAAUACUUAGAAGGCACGGGAAGACCUACAGUCCUGGAAGCACAUGUACAGGAAGGUACAACGCAAGAAACACACAUUUCGUCUCCUCCUGAGUCUCCUUCCCAAAAGACCAAAAGUGAAACUGUGACUGGAGAGUUAUCAAAACUCUUGGACGAAAUAAAACUGUGUCAAGAAAAGGAUUAUUCUUUUGAAGACCUGUGCCACACAAUCUCAGACCCCUGCUUGGAUCACCUGAGCAAGGCCUCCGAGGAAGGGCUUGGGAGAAACGGCAGCCAGAGCGCAAGAACUUCAUCUACAAUAAAUUUGUCACCAGGAGAAGUGGAAGAGGAGGACGAUGGAAGCUCGUGCGGACCCUCGGGACUCUGGGAAGCGCUGACUCCCUGCAAUGGAUGUAGGAACCUGGGCUUCCCCACGCUUGCGCAGGAAUCCUAUCCAAAGAAGAGGAAUUACACUAUGGAAAUCGUACCAUCUGCUUCUCUGGAUAUGUUUCCUUCAGAAAACGAGAACUUUCUCUGUGAUCUCACGGACACAGCAGUCACAAAGAAACCCUGCUCCUUAGAAAUUGCAAGAGCCCCUUCCCCAAGGACUGAUAAUGCCUCUGAGGUAGCAAUUACUGCUCCAGGAACUAGUAACCAUAGAAACAGUUCCACAGGCCCAACGCCUGACUGCUCACCUCCAUCCCCCGACACUGCCCUCAAAAAUAUUGUAAAAGUUAUUCGACCCCAGCCCAAACAACGGACCUCUAUUGUGUCUUCUGUGGAUUUUCAUCGGAACAAUCACAACCAAGAAUAUUUUGAAAUCAACACGUCUACAGGGUGUUCAAGCUUCCCUGCCAGCCCUCCUGUUAGCCCACCCACCUCUGCUGUGGGGACCACAGAGGUCAAGAGCGAGGGAACAGGCCAUGCAGAUGACCUCUCUCAACAGGAGGACAAUGAUCCCCCCAAAGAAUAUGACCCCGGGCAAUUUGCAGGCCUUCUCCAUGGAUCCUCUCCAGCCUGCGAGUCCCCUGAAAAUCCGUUUCAUCUCUACGGGAAAAGAGAGGAGCGCGGAGGGCGGGAGGCAGCCAGCCUGGCCAGCAGCCCCUUGCCUUUCAAGCAGUCCCCGAUAGAAAAUCCCCCGGAGCCUCCGGGCAAGAAAGUGAAACCCAAAGUGGUCAGUAGGACCAUUUUUUACAAAAAACCCAACCCAGUCGAAAACCAUACCAUUGUUGGUUCAAGAACAAGUGGGAGUGGAUCCCGGAAUGGGGACCAGUGGGUUGUGAACACGGGAGGAUUCGUGGAGCGAGCCUGCACCCUGGGACGAAUACGCUCAUUGCCCAAAGCCCUGAUUGACAUGCAUUUAUCAAAAAAUGUGUCUAAGUCAGACUCUGACCUCAUUGCCUACCCUUCGAAUGAGAAAACGUCGAGAGUGAACUGGAGCGAAGCUUCAGCUGCCGAGCGCGGCUCCAAAGGGAAUUCCGAGAGGACACCGUCCUUCACCUCUGAGUGGGAGGAGAUUGACAAAAUAAUGAGUUCCAUAGAUGUUGGAAUUAACAGCGAACUUGAAGAAAUGAACGGUGGGGCCACAAGACCCAGAUGCCCCGUCCAAACAGUGGGACAAUGGUUGGAGAGCAUUGGGCUCCCUCAGUACGAGAACCACCUGAUGGCUAACGGCUUUGACAAUGUGCAGUUCAUGGGAAGCAAUGUUAUGGAAGAUCAGGAUUUAUUGGAAAUUGGGAUCCUUAAUUCUGGACACAGGCAAAGAAUUCUACAGGCAAUCCAGCUCCUUCCAAAGAUGAGACCCAUUGGGCAUGACGGCUACCACCCCACCUCUGUCGCCGAGUGGCUGGAUUCCAUUGAACUUGGUGACUACACCAAAGCCUUUCUGAUUAAUGGCUACACAUCGAUGGACCUGUUGAAAAAAAUCUGGGAGGUUGAACUUAUUAAUGUUUUAAAAAUCAGUUUGAUUGGCCACAGGAAACGGAUUUUGGCAUCUCUGGGAGACAGGCUGCACGAGGACCCGCCGCAGAAGCCCCCUCGCUCCAUCACCCUCAGGGAACCCAGUGGUAAUCACACUCCUCCUCAGUUGUCUCCAUCACUUAGCCAAAGCACUUACACCACUGGUGGCUCCCUAGACGUUCCUCACAUUAUCAUGCAGGGCGAUGCAAGGAGGAGAAGAAAUGAAAACUACUUUGAUGAUAUUCCCCGAUCAAAGCUGGAGAGGCAGAUGGCCCAGACAGGAGACUGGGGGGAACCUUCCAUCACCUUGCGACCUCCAAAUGAAGCUACAGCCUCAACUCCAGUCCAAUACUGGCAACACCACCCAGAGAAGCUCAUCUUCCAGUCGUGUGAUUACAAAGCUUUUUAUUUAGGUUCUAUGCUGAUAAAAGAGCUCAGGGGGACGGAAUCAACCCAAGAUGCUUGUGCAAAAAUGCGGGCUAACUGUCAGAAGUCCACAGAGCAAAUGAAGAAGGUCCCUACUAUUAUUCUUUCAGUCUCGUAUAAAGGAGUCAAAUUUAUUGACGCAACAAAUAAGAACAUAAUUGCUGAGCAUGAAAUUCGUAACAUCUCCUGUGCCGCCCAGGACCCGGAAGACCUCUCCACGUUUGCUUAUAUCACAAAAGAUUUGAAGUCCAAUCACCACUAUUGUCACGUGUUUACCGCCUUUGAUGUGAAUUUAGCCUACGAAAUCAUUCUGACCCUGGGACAGGCCUUCGAAGUCGCUUACCAGCUCGCACUGCAGGCGAGGAAAGGGGGCCAUUCCUCCACGCUCCCCGAAAGCUUUGAAAACAAACCCUCCAAGCCCAUCCCCAAGCCCCGCGUCAGCAUCCGCAAGUCCGUGCAGAUCGACCCAUCUGAGCAAAAGACUCUGGCCAACCUGCCGUGGAUUGUGGAGCCGGGACAGGAAGCCAAGAGGGGCAUUAACACCAAGUAUGAGACCACGAUUUUCUGAUACCCGCGGUCCCCCGCCUCGCGGUGCCUUGCACGCCAGCCGCCCGGAGCAGGCUUUCCUUCCCGCCUCCGUUUCCACCCAGCCCAGGAGGGAGACUGCUCUGUUUGCGUGGCCUUGUCACAGGCGACAGGCCACUGGCCAUUCCCGGGGGCGUUCUUUCUGCACCAGGGACAGAAAGUGCAACAGAGACUUUCCAGCCCUGACCCCUGAGAGGCACGAGUUGAGAUUUUUGCUGACUCCGGACUCCCCUCCCUGUCACCGCCCAAGGUAUUUCUAAUGACUUGGCCCCACUUGCUUUGCUGUUGUUGGGGAUAACACCUUUUUUUAAAAAGUACAGGGGAUGUCUAAUACUGCCUAAAAGUAUAAAAAUCUUGGGUUUUUCACUGACAGCUGUUUUAAAGAUAGAGUCAGGACAGAACCACCCCCAUAACGCAUCUGUAAAAUCAUUCUGUCACUGAGCAUCCUUUCACGCAACAGGACAAAACCACCCCAUGGUUGCUAGGAACUCCUUCCUCCCGAUUUCUAUAUUUGUGGUUUUUUAUGUGAUCAACUAUGUCAGAUAAAGAAAACCUUUACAUUUAAGGACUGAUUCAAAAUUUACGAAUGAUUUAAAACAGGAAUUUAUUAUGCACAGAAAAACGUGUCUUGUAUUAAAUAUUUUUACUAAAAGAAUGUUUCAUUAAUGCACUGAUAAGAAAACUAGGUUAGUUGUGAGGGAUGUUUCCGGUUUCAUUUCAAAUAACUAAAUUUCUACUGCUACUACCAAGAGGGCAGGCUCGGGCGUGGGAAAGUCCCGACGCCUCUCCCCAGGGCAGGAGACUCGGGCAAGCAGACGGCCGUCCAACCCAACGUGCUGAUGCAGCCAUAAGCCUGCAGAGAUGGGUUUUUUUAAAUCUUCACAGUGUUUUAAAGAACAUGUUAAAAAAAAAGAAAUCUAGGGCUCCUGCUGUGAAGAUUUCUGUCAUGGAAACCUUGUUUGAGAAAGGUGUUAAUAAAGUUCUAUUGCAAAAAUUUGUUUUCUAGAAAAAAAAUAAAUACAAAAGAAAAAAAAAAGAGAGAGAGCUUCCAAAGUAAUAAAACUCUUUUCUUGAAACAGAAAAAUAAAUGUUUGCUUACUAUUUGAUUAAAUAAAAUUUCCUUACAUUUCAUUAAGCUAUUUUAAUUUUUUUAAUGUCUCUGUGGAGUAUUUGUAUGAUAAAUACCAUAAUGUAUAUUUAUGUAGAACCAAAUUAUAUAAACAGUACCAAUAUCAUUAUAGAAGAAAAUAACAUUUUAACGUAUAUUGUUCUAACCGAUCAUAUUGUGAAUCAUUUUGAAGUUCAUGAUAGCGAUAUUGAUAAAUUGUGGGAUUGUCUUAAUGUUGCUUUUUUUAAAAUUAUUAACCAAUAUUAUUUUAAACCUGAGAUUAUCAGUUAUAUUCAUCAGUUGGUGAGUUCUGAAAGAUGACUAAAUUUUAUUUCAGACUGACAGAUGUGUCUGGUUUUAGUUCAGUGUGGAAGAAUUUUAAUACAAUAUUAAAUUACUUGAACUGAACAGUUCCUUGUACAUAGUUUGCCUGUUCACUGUUGAUAUGUAUGUAGCCAAUGGAGAGUAAAAUAACACAUAUAUGGUACCAAAAGGAAACUGUACAGGAGCAAAGUGAAUAGCAGCUUUGCUGAAACAGAAACAUAUGUGUAAAUAUGCUUGGGCUUCCAGUUAUAAAUUUUGUAAUUUUUGUCAUUAUUUAUAUCCUAUAAAAAAAAAAAGCACACAAAAUAAAAAGGAAAUUGUACAGC